AGUUCUAGACACGAGAUACAUAACUCCAUGCUCACAUCACGUUUCAUUUCGUGUCUGUAGCGCCACAGUUGGGUCUGGGGAUGCCACUGCGCGCAGACUAUCGACGCGCCACCGACGAUCUGGAGUCGGCGACACAGUCCCGACCCACCACUGGGUAGCCCUUUCGCGGCUUUGGUGGGCCAAGGCCAUGCAGAGGACGCCACUGCAUUCUCGUCGCGCUAUCCAUCUCGCCGCCGGGUGCAGUCAUCCGAUGCCGACGAUGCGUCCGUAUCCACCCCCGAAUUCCCUUCGUCAUGCGACUCGGUACACAACCAACUAUAUCCUCUCUUUAAGGCAUAUAUACAGUAGUCGUUUGGCUCACAGGAUUUCCUGACAUAUAUAUAUCCAAGUUCAGAGGUCUCGUUGGAAACGUUUAUUCGUUUCCGCCAAUCGCAUCGCCCCGUUUCCUUCUUUUUAUCCAAUCAAAUGCCUUUUUUCCAUUACUAGUAGUUCGAAUCUACGUGCAGAUUGUACACACUGCCCGCCAUGGCCCACAGCGACGGUCGUUUGACGAUCCACCAAAAUCCAAUCAGCGUUUGAAUCCCGCGCGGCGGCUCACGGUACGCCCUUUGGUCUGGGCAGCGCGACAUGCCGACGACCACCUCGCCGAAACGGUCCAAGAAUGACAACAAUGGCUUUCACCGAUCGACCAAGAGCUACUCCCUUCGCGAUCGUUCGACCCUUCGCCGCCACGAUGCAUCCAACACGAACCUCUUUGACGACUUUGGCGACGUCCCGCCGCCUCCGAAACGGUCCAAACAUCAUGCAGAUGACUGGGCACCGUCGAAACACACGUACACGUUGUCGAGCUCGUCAUCCUCAUCAUCGGCAUCGUCUUCCGAAAUGCAACGGAUUAGCAAAAAACACUCGCCAAAAAGGCGGCCAAGACGCCGACAUUUCCCCCCUGGACAUUGAUCCGUCCAUCACGUGGGACUCGAUCGGCGGACUCGAAGUCGCACAUCCACGCGCUCCAGGAAAUGGUCCUGCUGCCGCUGCUGUACCCCGAAUUCUACGCCAAGUUUGCACUCACGGCCGCCCUCGGGCGUGCUGUUUUACGGUCGCAAGACGCUCUCGCCAACUCGACCAGCAACCAGCGCAUCACGUUUUACAUGUGCAAGGGCGGCGGCUGUCUGAGCAAAUGGGUCGGCGAAGCCCAGCGCCAGCUCCGCGUGCUGUUUGAACAGGUCAAAAAGACCGAGCCGAGCAUCAUCUUUCUUGACGAAAUCGACGGCCUCGCGCCGGUCCGCAGCGCCAAGCAGGAUCAAAUCCACGCGUCCAUCGUGUCGACGUUGCUGGCGCUCAUGGACGGUACGUCAGCUACUACAUUGUGAUGCUGAAUAUCACAUUGUACAGGUAUUCCAACAGUGUAGACAACACUUGUUGAUAUUGUGCGCUCUGCCAAAAUGUGGAUAUGUAUCAUUCACCAAAUCCAUUGGUCGAAUUGUUGUACUGAAUUUUGAAUGUACAAUUCGUAAAACCAUGCACACUAUUUGUGAAGUCACACUAUAAUCCGAUAAUCGUUGCCGGCGUUUGAGUGGCCAGUUGAAAGUGUCAGGUUUUGAUUGGUCGGUCCAUUGUCUGUCGAUUUGGGAUGUGCUCGUUCGAUUGAGCAGCACCCCACACUCCAUAUUCGAAUCGACCUGUUCAUAUAUUCAAUCGUGUCGAAACUCAUGUGCUGGAACCACGGGCUUGGUUGUAAUAUGGACUGUUAAUCACGGGCAACAUUGAAAGGCUGGAUUCUGAGGCCGAGUGGUUGUGAUUGGAGCGACGAAUCGUAUCGACGCCAUCGACCCCGCGCUUCGGCGACCAGGCCGAUUCGACCGCGAGUUGGCGUUUAGCCUACCAAAUGCCUCAGACCGCGUGGCGAUGCUGGGACCAAGCAGUGGCAGCCGCCGCUGUCGACGUCAUUCAAGGACCAACUGGCCAAGGACCUGGUCGGCUACUGCGGCGCCGACAUCAAAGCGCUGUGUGCCGAGACCGCCUCGUCGUGUUCAAGCGGGCCUUCCCCCAAGUGUACGACACGCCUGCCAAGCUGGACGUGGAUCUGAGCCAACUGCAUGUGCUACGCGGGGACUUCCACGCCGCCCAAGCCAAGAUCGUGCCAGCGGCCGCGCGGUCCCAGUCGGCAGUCGCCACGCCGCUGCCGCCGCUCCUCGCAUAUUUAUUUAUAUAUUUACAGUAAUAGAGCAUUCCAAGCAUACUAUAAAACA